UCUCUCUUCUAGCUCACUCGGAGUUACUAGAAAGAGCCCGUGCACGCUGUACCAGAUAUCUUUACUCUGAAUAAACUGUCGCUUGUCAUACAAUCUACCGCUUUGUCCGAAUCUAUCCUUGACCGGCUCACUCUCCUGCACAUCUCAAUUAUCAACAGAAUCUUGGUAGCAGAGGAUGGUUAACUAACGACCCAGUCCUGAGUGGUUGAUGUGAGUGUGAGGAGGCGAGUUGGUGAAAGGACGAUUCGAGGAAGGACGAGUGUCAAUUCGGGGGUGGACAACAAUUCUGCUCAACUCGGGAAACUGAUCUCUGGUCGACCACAAAAUAAGGUAAGCAAAAACCUGUUAAAUCAAAUUUUGCAUAUUGUCGUAUAGUCAUACCAAAUUACGAUCAGUAAUACCAAGUGUGGGUAAGAAUUUUUGUGUAAAUUUAGCCUAAAAAAUGUAAUAUUGAAUCUCCAAUCAGACAUAGAUGUGACCAAUAGCCAGGCUUGUGACCGGUGAGGUAAAACCAAUAGCCAGGCUUGUGACCGGUGAGGUGUCUACAAUAAGAUUAAUGUAUGUUGGACUGAGAGGUCCGCCUUGUGUUUUGUGUCUACAAUAAGAUUAAUGUAUGUUGGACUGAGAGGUCCGCCUUGUGUUUUGGUUUGAACUAAUGUGAUGAGUGACGUAAAAUAUGUGGUGUUAAUUGAUCGCUGCUAUGUAUGUAUGAGAAUCUCCAAGUGUCAACUGUAGAUUGAGUGUAAACGGCGUUUCACAAGACCCUGUUAUCAUUAUCAUGAUUUAAAAAUUAUUGUGGAAAAGUAUUUCCUAAAUUCUAAAAAGCAUUAUCCAAAUUGUUAAAACAUUAAUGUUGAAGAUCAUUUCCUAAAUUGGGGGCUCGUCCUUAAUCAUUAAACCAUUAUUGUCGAAAAACCUGGAUAUAUGACGGAGAAGCUCUGAGUUAAGACAGAGUACGAGUAAUAGUGUCUCCUAAGAAUACAUCACUGGCGCGAGCCAGUGACGGGCUAAGUAUAUCCAGAUACCAUACCGAAACCACAAACUAUUUUAAACUAAAAUGGCGACUCCGCAACCUCCAAAAUUUAAAUUCAACGAUUUUCUAGAUCAACGUAUGCAAGAUAGGUCAGGAGGAAAGGAACAGUGGAAGUCAAUAAAGAAGGUUUGGGAAGGGUUGAAGUUGAAGUGGACACAGGCAGGUUACCUAGUAGGGGGAACUCCAAAUAGGAUCCAGCUUAGCACAAUGGAAGGCGAGUUGAGUGAAGCAUUACAGGAAGCUAAAGACAAGGAGAUAGAGCAGAGCAAGUUGCAUGUAUUCAAGAAGGAAGGGACUAAACAGAGAGAGAAAGCAGAAGCUGAAUUGAAAAUAGGCACUUGGGCUAUCGAGGAGACCCGUAGAGCACAACUGAACAAAAAAACGGAAAUGAUGGGGGUAGUGGCUGGGGCGGAGGUGGAGUCAUCAAUGGAGGCGACACAGGGGAGUGACGAAAUCCAACCGGCCCCUGUAGCAGCCUCCCCCAAUCCUGAGUCAUGUAUGUACCCGAAACUACCAGAGGAGGCCACUCAACCACCACCAUAUUCAUUGACAACCCAAGCUCCCUCAGCCCCCUCCAUACAGGCACCAGUGCUCCGCAUCGAUGAAGGCCUGCUACAGGGACAGGUGUCAAUGCAGUUGACUGGAGGUUAUAUAGACUGUGGGGAGGUAGAACGAACCUCCACUCCCUGCUCUCUAGAAGGCGGAUUGGUGCCCACACCCCAGGGGGGUCGAAGCCUACAAGAAUGUGGAGAAAGGAGCCGUGACUCAGGUGAAUCAUUUAAAUUCUCCCGAGAACCCUUAAUGAACACAAGCCUACCGCAGUCAUCAAGUCAUCAGACACUCUCGUCUCGCUCUCUUAGCCCAAAGCAUUCCCUACAGUUCAGACAGCUACCAACCUCCAUCAGAUCCCCCGCAUCUCGAAGUGUGGGGACAGCCAGAUCCUACCUGAACAAAAGAACAGGGGACACUACUGCAUACAGAAGGGGACAGGAGGAUACCUAUCCUGAAAUAGAUGUCCAACGGGAAUAUAUCUGGACAUCCAAUGAGCCUGAGGAAGAGGAAGAAGAAGAACCAGAGAGAGCGACCAGAGAAGACGUAUGGGCUGCUGCCCAACAACUUGAUGCAGAAGCAAGACAGGAAACCGGAAGAGGUGGACCGUUUCAACUGAGUGGGGUCUACCUGGGAGAUGUUGUUGACCUCCAUGGACAGAUACCGUCAGAGCCGGUACUUAGGAGAUCCCGGCGCCUACAAGACAAAAAUCAACCAAGGGGUGAACAAGGACUGCAAAUGCCUCUGAGACUGAGUGGAACUGGAAAAAAACGAAGAAUACGUGCCAUGGAAGUUGCAGGAUCUCACUGCAGUGAUGGAACAACUUCCAAGUCUCCACGGAGGUGCAUCAGCUUGGCUACUACAGUUGCAGACCCUCACAUCAGGAUUCCGGAUGGCACUGGGAGACAUGAAAGCGCUGUUGGCAAGAGCCACCGAUCACACCACCAUGAAUGUAUUGAUAAAUACCGCUGGUCUGGGGUCCAAGCCAGGUGCCACUCCGCCGGAGGUGUAUCGCACUCAACUAUGGGCAGAACUCAGAAGGGCCUACCCCACCGAGAAGAAUUUUGCGGCACUCUCAUCUUUCACCAUGCAUGCAGGAGAACAGGCAGCCGAAUAUCUGGACAGGGCUAAGACGACGUGGAGGUCGGUGCAUGGGGAAACAUACGAUCACUCAGAAACCUCCAUGGCCAUGUGGAAAGAAAUGGUGGUAAUUGGAACGCCUGGAGCUGUAAAGACUAAACUUAGAGGUACUGUUGGGCUGUGUAGCAUGCCGCUACCCCAAUUCAACUCACAUGUGCACCACCAUAUCGCCCAGCACUGCAAGGACACAGGAGCUGCGGACUCUGAGGUAAAAGCACUACAGGUACAACUACUGAAGAUACAGCUUAAAGAGGCCCAGAAGACAGCACAGCCAAAGAAGCAGAUGUUGGCUGAUGACCAGACCAUUCCACAAGUGGUGGAAGCAACCGUGAAACAAAUGAUGGCGGGGGCAGCUCCAGUUGCCCCACCUACCCCUGUAGCCUACGCGACUCCCCCAAUAGCUUACCCACCUCAGGCUUAUCCUGCCCAAGGCUUCACACCCAGAGGACCUACAGCAGACUGCAGGGCCAUAUGAACACUCAGUAUGGACACAGAGGGGAGCAGCAAAGGGACCAGAUGAACUUUGGCGAUGCCAUGAUGGCAGGCUAGUGGCCCCUGCAAACCUCUGCCCAGAACUAAUUAGGGAAGCGCAUGGACCCACGCAUGAAGGAAAACUAAAGACCUUACAGAAAGUGUCACAUGUGUGGUGGCAUCCCUACAUGAAAGACAUGACAGAUCUGUUUUGUGACAGUUGUGACAUCUGCGGAAGCCACAACCCAAAGAAACCUUACCAGACUCCCAUGGGACACUAUCCGGUGCCCAACGACUGUUUUCAAGAUAUCAGUAUAGAUUACACAGAUAUGGGGGCAGAUCAGGUGAGAGGAGGAAAGAGAUACUUACUAGUAAUGGUGGACAGGUUCUCCAAGUGGGUAGAGGCCAUUCCUACAGCCAAGGAGGAUGCGAAGUCAGUCAUUAAGUGGCUGCAAACGGAGCUCAUACCUAGGUAUGGAGUUCCACGGCAAAUCAGAUCCGACAAUGGGUCCCACUUCUCGAAUCAGCACCUGAGACAGGUGGAGGAGAGGUUUGGGAUUAUACACAAGUUUGGCUCCGUGUAUAAGCCGCAAUCCCAGGGACUUGUGGAACGCAGUAACCAGACUCUGAAAUGUAAAAUAGCCAAGGUGUGUGCAGGGACCAAAUUGACCUGGGUGGAAGCCCUGCCCCUGGCGCUGAUGGCCAUGAGGUCCUCGCCAGGUGCAGGGACUCAUCUCUCACCCCAUGAAAUAAUGACAGGUAGAGUAAUGCCAGGGCCACCAAGAGAGGGAGGUCAUAUGCCCCCUCUUGAUGUGCACCAGAUAGGGAUGUCUGACUAUGUGAAGAAAUUGACGGAAUUGUCUGCAGCUCUCUCCAAACAGAUACACCGUGUCGCAGAGGGGGAGCUGACUGACGUCCCGGAACAACCAAGGGUAAAAGUUGGAGACUGGGUAAGGAUCAAAGUCCACAAGAGAAAGUGGGCUGAUCCCAGGUGGACUGGACCGUACGAAGUGAAGGAGGUUACUUCACACUCAGUCCAGGUCAAAGGUAAAUCAGGCGCACCUUGGCACCAUCUGACACAUUGCACACCAGCACCAACCCCUGCCAGAACACUGGCUGAAGUAAGAGGUGAUUUGAUCACAUCUAAUUCGAACCAAAAUUCUGAUAUCCCACCUAUCUGAACAUGUGGAGGAGACUACUCCCAUUUUCAGAUGACGGGGAGGAAAGGAGAAAGGAGAGACCGCCAUGGUCUAGGGGUAGUAGAACCCCGUGAGAGAGACUGGGAUGCUCAGGCCCAAUGUUUGUUUUGUUUUUAGUAACCACUGGGGUUGUAGCAGGCAUAAUGAUGUGGGCGGUCCAGCAUGUAACUAUGGGACAUAACUUGCCUCCUAAUAAUUCUACCAACAGUUCAGAGUCAAGACAUCUCAUGUAUAAACGGAGCAUAGAACCACUUAAGCAAAAUUGCACCGCAGAUCGAAUCAGGAGUACUACCUUGUGUGUACCAGUCAAUACUACCACCACGGUUACUCUGACAUGGGGGACAUUGGCGAGCCCGGGACAGGGAUUCGAGACCCACGCCCUUUUUUGGUCUAGGUCAGUGUGGUACAUGACGGAAGGGGGCUACAGUAAAUGGUCAUGGAAGAACUUAGUGGCAGAAACUGGUCCUGAUUGGUCUAGCUGGACGGUGAAUCGGGUGGCACUAUUAUGGAGGAGAAGGUUGGUGCUAACUAAAGUUGAUACUGGCUUAAAAUUGGUUAUCAAACAUGGGGUAGGUGGAGCUGGGUGUACCCCGUUCCUGUUGGCACCAUGGGAAGAGCAGAGAGUGUAUUGGCAUUUAAAGAUAUGUAUUCUCACCAUAACCACCCCCCGUGCUGUACUUUCAGUGCGGAAGCCGCUGUCCUCCAGUGAUCCCAGGUUGGGCCCUGUUACCAUGACCACAGCUCCUCCCAAGAUCGAUGAUGCUAUCCUAAUGGCUACAGGGGUCUCAGGUUUUACUAAUAAUUGGCUGUUGUUGGCAGAGGAAGCUGCAAACAGCACCAGGCAGAGUUGUGUGGUAUGCAUGGGUGCUCGUCCAUUACUCCGCAUUGUCCCGGCCGUGGUGAUUCUACCAUGUUUGAUCCCUUUAAUGACUACAGAUAACCCCUGUUGCAAUUGUACUACCUGGGACAGGGUUUAUCCCAUAACUAAAGCUACCAACAGGAAACCAAUGUUUUCUAACCAGGUUGCCAAGGCCAAUUUCACUUGUGUUGAUAUGUCAGGGGUUGGCAUCGAGGUAGGACGUAUUCCUAAGUCCUGGUGCCUGGACACAGUUAAGGUUGUUGGGGGUUUUAAGCCAAUAUCCCGUGCUGAUGUGUGGUGGUGGUGUGGCACUGCUGUGUUGUUUGACAAACUUCCCGUUAACACCACCGGCACCUGUGCAUUGGUUACUCUUCUGUUGCCUGUUUCUGUUUACCCCAUAGAGGCUGGGGAUCUCGCACUUAGAAUCCAGUCGGUGAAACCAGUGAAGGGGGGAGGACGUUCCAGGCGGGCUACCUCCCCAUCCAUGGAUGACCCCACUUACAUAGACGCCGUUGGGGUCCCUAGAGGGGUGCCAGAUAAGUAUAAAUUAGUUGAUCAGGUAGCUGCUGGUUUCGAGUCUUCUAUUUGUUGGUGGUGUACUAUUAAUAAAAAUGUUGACCGUAUUAAUUACAUCCAUUAUAAUGUCCAGAAAUUAGGGAAUUGGACUCAGCAGGGCUUUGAGGCGGUACAUGGCCAGUUGGCAGCUACCAGUCUUAUGGCUUUUCAGAACCGCAUAGCUAUUGACAUGUUGAUUUCUGAGAAAGGUGGCGUGUGUGCUGUUUGGUGAACAAUGUUGCACUUUUAUCCCGAAUAAUACUGCCGCUGAUGGAAGCCUGACCAUUGCUCUGGAGGGUUUGUGAACACUUAAUGGUAAAAUGAAGUCCCACUCCGGGGUGGACACCUCUAUGUGGGAUUCCUGGAUGGAGGUCUUUGGUAAAUAUAAGGCCUUGGUUUCAUCCGUUUUGGUGUCUAUCUCCGUAUUCGCUGCAAUUAUGGUUCUGUGUGGAUGCUGCUGCAUUCCAUGUAUAAGAUCUUUAACUACCAGAGCUAUUACCAAGGAUAUUGACCCUGGUGCAUCUGCUCAGAUGUAUCCUCUCCUGGCAGAUGAUGAGUAUGUUGAUCUGGUCCCGGAGUACGGUGAUGUAUAUCAGACCAUGGACCACACCGCCAUCUAGAGAGGGAAUCUAUUUUUUCUAUUUCCGCUAUUAUAUUCCUUUUUGAGCUGUUGUUCUCCAUUCUGUUAAUGAAGGUUUGAAAUUCCUGAGUGGCUGGUAGCCAACUUAGUACAUGUUGUGGUCUGAAUGGAGAACAUUAUGGUACUUUACGUUUCUGCUUAUCUAUGCUUUAAUUAAGUUGUCACGUCUCUUGGGAGACGUGAAGAGAGGGACUACAAAACUUUCUCUCUGAGAAAGUUUCUAGAGCAGUGUCACGUCUUAAUAGACGUGAAGAGAGGGAUUUGUAAGCAUGAGUAUUUAGCUGAGCAUGUUAUAACCAGGCCUUUAGCUAUAACACAUUAACCUCUGCAUAUUAACUGUAGCUGUCUACUACACAUUGCUCAACAGGAAGCAUCACACAAUUGAACUUACACGAAUGUGCUGAUGUCUCAACUCACAGCACAUAGACAGGAACUGGCUCGACCACAAAGCAGUAUCGGCCAAAGCCUGACCCUGUGAAAACAGGAACACGCAUACAUUAAGACACAUAGACUCAUUGCACACAUUUAUUUAUUUAUUUUAUUUUAUUUUACCUUUAUUUAACCAGGUAGGCAAGUUGAGAACAAGUUCUCAUUUACAAUUGCGACCUGGCCAAGAUAAAGCAAAGCAGUUCGACAGAUAAAACGACACAGAGUUAGACAUGGAGUAAAAACAAACAUACAGUCAAUAAUGCAGUAUAAACAAGUCUAUAUACAAUGUGAGCAAAUGAGGUGAGAAGGGAGGUAAAGGCAAAAAAGGCCAUGAUGGCAAAGUAAAUACAAUAUAGCAUAUAUAUAUUAUUAUUAUUAUGUUAUAAUAUAACAUAAGCUGCAUAAGAUAAACUUAUCUAGGACACACACACACACACACACCCUGGACUCAGGAAAACAACAAGGACAUUAAGCAACGGCUGAAGCAUGGGCUGCAGGAGCCAAUCAGCAGAGGCUACGCCUGGACCUGAUCCAACCAGAGAACCAGGACUUCAAGAGACUCAACCUACUUUCUGUGCUGUAUAAAACAUGUAAACAAACUGUAUUAGAGCUCUCUCUCUUCUAGCUCACUCGGAGUUACUAGAAAGAGCCCGUGCACGCUGUACCAGAUAUCUUUACUCUGAAUAAACUGUCGCUUGUCAUACAAUCUA